GCAGCCGGCGGUCGGGUCUUCUCCGCUCGCUGCACCUCUCGUGCUCUUCUCUUAUUCUGGCGGGGUCUCACUCCACCGGAUGACGGUAAGCUCACCGCCUCCGCCUCCCGGGCGCCCCCACCGCCUCCCUUCUUCCCCUCCAUAGUGAUUCUAGGGAUUCCCCUCUCUCCGAUCGCCAUAGCUGGCUCCGCCGUCGAUAUUCUCUGACGGGAGGCGGCGUCCCUUGUUCACUCGCCGGAGCACGUCGAUUUCCGGCUCCGAUGGGCCGGAAGAAGAAGAACAAGCGGCCUUUGGCUUCCGAUUCCGCGAGCUCGCCCUUAUCAAGAACCGGCUUGAGUCAUAUAACACCUCGGAUCUCGUUGGUGUAGAACGGUAGAUAGGAUCGGUAGGUUUCUUUGGAGGGUGAUGGAGUCGUUCAGGAGGAAGAGGAAGGGGAUCAAAUCUUCGCCUACUGUUGGAUCUCACCUGUCCGAUGGCGGCGAUCAUGGUCGCCGGAGCAAGAAGUGCAGGGAGCUGAAGGCUCGGCCGGAAAAGAUGGGAUCUUGCAAUGGCGGCGGCGGCGGCGGCGCUGUGGUCGUGAUGACGGCGCCACCAUCCGGGAGGUCGUCGCCGGAUACCCCCGGCCGAGGCCACAAAAGAAAGCUGGGUUGCAUCGAGUCGGCUACUCAGAUUCGCCGGAAGAAGAAGCUGGAGCAGGAGUAUGUGCUUGGCCGGGAGAUCGGGCAGGGGAAGUUUGGGUCGGUGAGGAUGUGCCGGAGCAAGGCCACCGGCGAGGUGUUGGCCUGCAAGACGCUGCGGAAGAACGGGGAGGAGACGGUGCACCGGGAGGUGGAGAUCAUGCAGCAUCUCUCGGGGCACCCGAAUGUCGUGACACUGAAGGCCGUGUUUGAGGACUCGGACUGCUUCCAUCUGGUGAUGGAGCUGUGCUCGGGGGGACGGCUUUUGGAUCAGAUGGUCAGGGUGGGGCAUUACUCGGAGCAGAUGGCUGCUAAAAUCCUGAAAGAACUGGUUUUGGUCAUCAAGUAUUGUCAUGAGAUGGGAGUUGUACACCGGGACAUCAAGCCAGAGAACAUUCUUUUCACGACAUCGGGAGGGAUGAAGCUUGCUGACUUUGGGUUGGCAGUGCGGGUUACUAACGGUCAGAGAUUGUCUGGUCUUGCUGGGAGCCCAGCUUAUGUUGCCCCAGAAGUUCUCUCAGGCCAUUACUCAGAGAAAGUGGACAUCUGGGGUGCUGGUGUCCUCCUCCAUGCACUGUUAGUUGGUGUCCUUCCAUUCCAAGGGGACUCACUGGAAGCUGUCUUUGAGGCUAUAAAGACGGUAGAGCUUGAUUUCCACAGCGGGAUGUGGGAGUUGAUAUCUGAACAUGCACGAGAUCUUAUAAGUCGGAUGCUGACUCGGGAUGUUUCCAGAAGGAUGGCUGCUGACGAUGUCCUAAGGCAUCCAUGGAUUAUUUUCUACACACGGUGCUCAGCCAAGGCUUUACCUAUUACAUUUAGGGUCACUAACAAGAGUAGAGUACCCGGAGUUCAGUUGGAAAAGGCUUCCGCAGCCAACUGCUCUUCAUCUUUGGGAAGUUCGAGUCGGGAGUCAGAGGAGCAGGAUGACUGUGGGUUUGUGGAUGCUCUUGCAGCAGCCAUAUCUCGUGUGAGGAUAUCCGAGCCGAAGCGGAGCAGGCUUUGUGGUCCUGCUAGCCCUGUCCAGCAGGAGUGCUCUUCCAACAUGAAGGCUAACCUCUGUACAGCAUUCCGCGUUGCCUAUGUAUAGCAUCUGACCUCCACCAUGUCACAAUUCCACCAAGAAGCUUGCCUUCCACCAGAGUCUCACUCUGUGACAUGACGGUAAUCAGAUUUUGUUUCACAUGCAAAGGGACUCGGGUUUUCUUAUUUACUUGAAAACCCAUUUGCUUUUUGUUCCGGUGUGAUCAUAACCAUGCCGAUCACAUUUCUAUUUUAGUAAUUAGACUGCUUGUAAAUUUCUUGUAAAUAGGACUGGACUGACUGUUCGUCUUUGUGAAUUAUUAAUGCAAGAUGAUACAUUACACUCGGUG